AGUCUGGAGGCCAGAAGGCACACACUAGCACAGUCUGGUAGGCUACAGCAGCAAGUCUCUAAAGAAAGGCUGAGAACACCCAGAACAGGAGAGUCCAGGUCCAGGAUGGCCAGCCUGUUCUGGUCCUAUCUGCCAGCAAUCUGGCUGCUACUGAGCCAACUCCUUAGAGAAAGCCUAGCAGCAGAGCUGAGGGGAUGUGGUCCACGAUUUGGAAAACACUUGCUGUCAUAUUGCCCCGUGCCUGAGAAGACAUUCACCACCACCCCAGGAGGAUGGCUGCUGGAAUCUGGACGACCGACAGAAAUGGUGUCAACCUCCAACAACAAAGAUGGACAAACCUUAGGUAUGACAUCAGAAUUCAUUCCUAAUUUGCCACCAGAGCUGAAGAAACCACUGUCUGAAGGGCAGCCAUCAUUGAAGAAAAUAAUACUUUCCCGAAAAAAGAGAAGUGGACGUCACAGAUUUGAUCCAUUCUGUUGUGAAGUAAUUUGUGACGAUGGAACUUCAGUUAAAUUAUGUACAAAGUAGAGUAAUCAUGGACUGGACAUCUCAUCCAUUCUCAUAUGUAUUCUCAAUGACAAAUUCACUGAUGCCCAAUUAAAUGAUUGCUGUUUAUUAGAACAUGAGAAUCAUUAUUAGUAUUCACGUUUCACUUGCUCUGUACUUAUAUAGUCUCUCCAAAUGGAGGAAGUUAGAUAGAUGGAAUAAGUUCUAGUAGUUGAUAGUACAAUGGGGAAAUUAUACUUAACAAUAAUUCACUAUAUAUUCCAAAAUAGCUAGAAGAGAAUUGUAAUGAUUCCAACACAAAAAAGAUGAAUGUUAGUUUGGAUGGAUAUCCCAAUUACCCUGAUUUGAUCAUUACACAUUAUAUACAUGUAUCAAAAUAUGACAUGUACUACAAAAAUGUGUACAACUGUAAUAUGUGAAUUACAAACUUACUGGAAAUAAAUUUUUAAAGUUUUACACACAUAGGCACAUAUGUUCACACACACUCACUCAGGUCUCUUCAUUUUUCCUCUUUUCACACUAGAAGAAAUGUAACAGAUAAAGGAUCUAACCAUCUCUAACAUCAGCACAUAGCACGGAGGAAAAGCAGUGAAGGAAUGAACUGGUGGGAGAGGUAUUAGGCAUGUUCACCCUAGGGUAACCCCAGAGACCUCCUUAGAACUUUGCCCAAUGCGUAUCCCCCACCUGCCUCUCAGCACACUGCCUUUAGACCUUCAAUCAUUCUAUAAAUUCCUCUUUUGUCCCUGGCAUUACUCCAUGUCCCCUCAUCAAAGUGGUGAAUCGGCACAAAUACUGGCCUUAUUCUAGCUACACAUACCUCCUCCCUGUGUGUCUCUAAAUCCUAAAUCAAAGAGUACAUUUUACACUCUGUCAGUGAGGUCCUACUAGUUGUGUUUGUUUGUUUGCAGGCUAACUGAAGCUGCUACUAGCUCAUUAUCAGGUCCUAUAAACUUAAUUCAAGUAGCAUGAUUUGAGUAGCCCUCUGUGCCUGCCCAUAAAGUGCUCUGAAUCUAGUGUGGGACAUGGAGAAGCAAAGGAUAGUAAGUGCAAUGAUACUUGUAGGUCAUCAUAGACACUGUAAUGAUCCACAGGAAUCAGGGUUGUGUUUAAUGCCAACAUGUGAAAGAAUAAAUAUACAGGGAACAGUGUAGGUAAGUGGAGAGAGCAAAAUUUCCCUAAGGAAACUGAUGGCUGAUCUGCAUCUUGAAAGACAUCUAAGCAGAAGAGAGUGCAAAAAGGGACAAGGAGAAGCCCAGGAAAAAGCACAAAGUCUUGGAAGCAUAGCAUGUGUGGAAACAGCCAGAGUCAGCAGGGCAGGAGGUGGUGUAGAGAAGAGGAAUUGUCAAGAUCUGGUUGGAACGGAGACAGGAGAGAGGAUCUCAAACGAUUCCACACAAUGCAGCUAUGGGGUUUAGGCUGCAUCUGGAGUAAGGAAGAACUGC